AUGCCUCUUCAGCCAGGCCUUGAGGACCGAAAAGAACUCCUCAAUAGGGUUGAAAUCCGGCGAAUAUGGGGGCAAAUACAAGAUCAUAACGCCUUGCUCCUCGCAGAGUCUUCUGACGUUGGCGGCAUGAUGUGUGGAGCAAUUGUCCAUGACGAGAACCGACUUUGGGCCAGGGAAUGGGUUGCAGCGAGGGAGGACUUCGUUCUUAAGGAACCACUCGAACCGAGCACCGUCGAUACUGCCCUGAUGGAUAUGAUAGCAAAGGAUACCGUCUGA